GCUGCUCAGUCCGGUGAGUCACCGUCCACGCAGGAAUAGAGAGAGGGAGAGACCGCGUACAUUGGCGGAUAGUAAACGGGGAAACGGGAAAGACCGUGGACUGCGAGCAUGGCGGUCGAAGAGGAAGGUCUUCGGGUUUUCCAGAGUGUCAAAAUAAAAAUCGGUGAAGCUAAGAACAUCCCUCCGUAUCCAGGUCCUAAUAAAAUGCGAGAUUGUUACUGUACAGUGAAUUUGGACCAGGAGGAAGUGUUCAGAACCAAAACCAUAGAGAAAUCUUUAUGUCCGUUCUACGGCGAAGAUUUUUAUUGUGAAAUCCCACGCAGUUUCCGCCAUCUGUCCUUCUACAUCUUUGACAGAGAUGUUUUCAGGAGGGACUCCAGCAUCGGUAAAGUGGCUGUGAAGAAAGAAGACCUGCAGAAAUACCACGGUAAAGACCACUGGUUCCCACUGCAGCCCGUCAGUGCAGACUCAGAGGUGCAGGGGAAGGUUCACCUGGAGCUACGUCUCAGUGAGGUUAUCACUGACAGUGGAGUCAUCUGCCACAAGCUGGCAACACGUGUUUUGGAGUGUCAGGAUCUGCCGAUAGUGAACGGUCAGUGUGACCCAUACGCCGCUGUGUCGUUACUGGGUCCCUCCAGGUCUGAGGCCAAGAAGACAAAGGUCAAACGUAAAAACAACAACCCUCAGUUUGAUGAGAUCUUCUUCUUUGAGGUGACCAAACCCCUCAGUUACACCAAACGACAGUUUGACGUGGAAGAAGACGAUGUUGAUAAACUCGCUCUCAAGGUGGAUCUGUGGAAUGCCAGCAAUCUGAAGUUUGGAGACGAGUUUCUGGGAGAGGUACGAGUGCCGCUGAAGGUGCUGGGACAGUCGGGCGUUCAUGAUGCAUGGUACUUCCUGCAGCCUAGAGAUAAUGGGAAUAAAUCGGUGAAAGCUGAUGAGCUGGGCUCGUUAAGACUCAACAUCGUUUACACAGAAGAUCAUGUGUUCUCUACGGAGCAUUAUAACCCGCUCAGAGACCUUCUGCUGCAGUCUGCACAUGUACAGCCUGUGUCAGCAUCGGCGGCGCACAUCUUGGGCGAGGCAUGUCGAGAGAAACAUGAAGCGGCCGUUCCUCUGGUGCGACUCUUCCUGCACUAUGGCAAAAUAGUGCCUUUUCUCAGUGCUAUUGCGCACGCUGAGAUCAACCGCACACAGGAUCCGAACACUAUCUUCCGUGGAAACUCGCUCACGUCUAAAUGCAUUGAUGAGACCAUGAAACUAGCAGGGAUGCAUUACCUGCAGGUCACGCUCAAACCCAUCAUUGAUGAAAUUUGCACUGAUCACAAACCAUGUGAGAUUGACCCCGUCAAACUGAAAGAGUCUGAAAAUCUGGACACAAACAGGGAAAACUUGCGGCAGUAUGUCGAUCGUAUCUUUAAUGUCAUCACCAGCUCAGGCGUCAGCUGCCCCACAGUCAUGUGUGACAUCUUCUUCUCGCUACGAGAAUCUGCGGCAUCCCGUUUUCAAGUUGAUCCAGACGUGCGGUACACAGCUGUCAGUAGUUUCAUCUUCCUGCGUUUCUUUGCACCUGCGAUCUUGUCACCGAAUCUGUUCCACCUUAGACCGCAUCACCCGGAUCCGUGCACAUCACGAACCCUCACGCUCAUUUCCAAAACCAUCCAGACUCUGGGAAGCCUCGCCAAAUCCAAAUCUGCCAAUUUCAAAGAAUCGUACAUGGCUGCAUUCUACGAUUACUUCAAUGAACAAAAAUAUGCGGAUGCUGUGAAAAAUUUUCUGGAUCUGAUUUCAUCUUCGGGCCGUUGGGACGAGAGGAGUAUCGAGACUUCCAUCAUGCUGAAGGAGGGGUUCAUGAUCAAACGAGCUCAAGGACGAAAGCGUUUCGGUCUGAAGAACUUUAAGAAGAGAUGGUUUCGUCUCACUAACCACGAGUUUACCUACCAUAAAACCAAAGGUAACGCAAAAGGAGAGGGCGCUCUGUGCAGCAUCCCUAUAGAGAACAUCCUGGCUGUAGAGAGACUAGAAGAAGAGUCUUUCAAAAUGAAGAAUAUGUUCCAGGUCAUCCAGCCUGAAAGGGCGCUCUACAUCCAGGCCAAUAACUGUGUGGAUGCACGUGACUGGAUCGAUAUUCUGACUAAAGUGAGUCAGUGUAACCGUAAGCGUCUGAGCACAUAUCACCCGUCUGCGUACCUCAAUGGACACUGGCUCUGCUGCAAACUGUCUGCAGACAAUGCGCCCGGUUGCACGCCCUGCACGGGUGGUCUUCCUGCAAACAUUCAGCUGGACGUGGACGGAGACAGAGAGACUGAGCGAAUCUACUCCCUCUACAGCACUUACAUGUCUAAAUUAGUGAAGAUGCAGGAGGCGUGUGGCAGUAGAUCUGUGUAUGAUGGCCCUGAGCAGGAGGAAUACUCCACAUUUGUCAUCGAUGAUCCUCAGGAAACAUAUAAAACUCUGAGACUCAUCAUCUCAGCCGUACAGACGCUGGAACAGCAGCACACGCAGUACAAACGAGACAAAUUCCGGAAAACCAAGUAUGGCAGCCAGGAGCAUCCAAUCGGUGAUCAGAGUUUCCAGUGCUACAUUCGCCAACAGUCAGAAAGCUCCACCUACUCCAUAUGACCACGCCCACUACAGAGCUCCGCUCUGUCUUCAUUCACACCUCCAGUUGCACCUCAAACAAAGGAUACUCUUUCAUUUGUGACAGGAAGUAGAAAACGAAAUAAAAGCUAAUAUCUCGAGUGUUUUUUUCAUCUAAUAACGAAUCAACAGCUCUUCACUGAGCGCUGUGUCAGCAGCCACGCACUUUAUACCACACUAGAGCCCGUGGAUGAUGUAGCUCAGCCUCAUGGCAGAUUUUAACAUUUUAUGAUUCUUUUUUUUAAACUAGAAGACAAGAGAUCCUCUAGAGAUGGACCUGAGAUGUUUUUUUAAUAAACUGAUUAUUCCAUUUGACUUCCAAUCUUCAGGACCAAAUUUCAACAGGGUUUUUGUCAGUGGAAUGCAUCUCAUUGAUGCCCGCUUGAAAAUGAGAUCUUCAGUCAUUGACAGCGAGGACCUGAAACUGAAUCGAAUGAUGACUGUAACCAUGUUUAUAAAAAAUAAUAUGAAAUAUUUUGAUCUGUUUGUUUUAGCCCUUCGUUCAGACGUUUCAGUAUUGUUUCACCCCUUUGUGAACGACCCCCCAGUGUACUACAUGUCAGCCAAUCAUUACGGCGACUGAAAAAAUGCUGCAUUGUGGGAAAUGUAGUUUUGUGUGGAUUGCAGCAUGCCAAAAUUAUCCAAGUCAUUUCAAGCAUGUGGCAUGAGUUUUAUUAAUCAUCGUUUGUGGGUCCAAUUGUUUUGAGCAUCACUGCUUUCUAUUACCAAAUCUUGUUUGGUUGUGGUAAUUUAUCCACUUUAAGAAACAUUUUGUGAUAAAAACAGAUUGUCUGGUGACGUCUCUACCGGAAAUUUGUGUCUUUUGUACGUUGUGUUGUGUAUUACGUCUUUUAUGAAGCCGUAAUAUUUUCCUUUUAGAUGCAGGUUACAGUAUGUGUGUGUGUUUGUGUUUGAAUGAGUGUGUUUCAUUGAUAAAAUAUCAAAGACUUUAUGGAGAUUUUUGAUGUGAAUGUUACUUUUUCAUAUUUUUUUGUUAAAUGUUCAAGUCAUAUUUCACUCCAAAAUCAAAACAACAAAAAAUUAAAUGAUAUUUUGAAUGAAGAAAAUGAGGAUUUUUGUUGCAUUGUAGCAUUUUUUUCAUGAUGAUCAGACACAUUUCCCCAAAAGAAUUCUCAUUGCUGUAAUGUGAAAAAAAUAAAUAUAUCAUUUAAAUUGUAUUUAUAAAUCAUUGUAGCAUUUGUUGGACUGCUUUAAUGCUGAUUUAAGAAUAAAAGUUACAGAAAUUGUCUGUAACAGAUACUGUAUUACAUGUAUUUUAAUACAAUAAUUGAUAUCUUCAAGAAUACAGAGAAUUUUAAAAAGUAAAACAGCUGAAUGCAUUGCAGUAAUGAGAAUUUUGGGGGUAGAAUGCGUUUAAUUUAUGUGAAAAUGUCAAAAAAUCAUAAUGAUCCUAAAAGUAGGCUUCAUGCAAAAAAUCAGGGCUGACAAUGAAUUAAAAAUGUUCUUUUAAUUACCUGACAUGCCGAUUAAUUAAUUGCAAUUAAUCGCAUAUAAUCAAUAUUUGCUGAAAAAGGCCCCCUUAUAUAGAAAAUGUAAUCUAAAUAAUACAUAGUAAUUAAAAUGAUUAUAAAUGUAAUCUGCUUAUAUAUUAUAUAAUAAAUAUAAUAAUUCAGAUAUUGCAUUAUUUUGGCAAAUGAGUAAAGCUGUAUUAGACGAUACAAAACGUGGCUUCAGAAGGAAAUUCAAAAUUGUUUUAUUCUCAUAUCAUUGAACAAGCCUGCAAUCAACAGCAAUCCAUUUUGCAGUUGAGUUGGUCAGUCUGUCUUGUUCUCACAGGAAGCGUUCUUGUGUUCCAUUUGUGCUUUUAAUUGUCGAUCUGUGUGCAUAAUAUAUACUCCAGAAUAUGUGGAGCGUCUCAAUGGUUUUCAGUGUCAUAAAUGCUAAGUUUUUAGGAUGCUGUAUGAAGAUAAAGUUAGUAGUUUGAAUUCUUUGAAACUUUGAAAAUUGUGUCACAUUCUGUUUAAUUAAUAUUCUCUCAUUAACUAUUAAUUAAAUAAUUAAUAUUUAAUCGCACUAAAUUAAUGUGUUUAAACCACAACCCUAUGCAGUAUAUAUAUAUAUAUAUAUAUAUAUAUAUAUAUAUAUAUAUAUAUAUAUAUAUAUAUAUAUAUAUACACCAGUCAGCCACAACAUUAAAACCACCUGCCUAACAUUGCGUAGGUCCCCCUCGUGCCUCCAAAACAGCAACAACCCGCAUCUCAGAAUAGCAUUCUGAGAUGCUAUUCUUCUCACCACAAUUAUACAGAGCGGUUAUCUGAGUUACCAUAGACUUUGUCAGUUUAAAACAGUCUGCCCAUUCUCUGUUGACCUCUCUCAUCAACAAGGCAUUUCCAUCCGCAGAACUGCCGCUCACUGGAUGUUUUUUUGUUUUUGGCACCAUUCUGUGUAAAUUCUAGAGACUGUUGCGUGUGAAAAUCUCAGGAGAUCAGCAGUUACAGAAAUACUCAAACCAGCCCGUCUGGCACCAACAAACAUCAAUGUGAUUAUCUAAUCAGCCAAUCGUGUGGCAGCAGUGCAGUGCAUAAAAUCUUGCAGAUACAGGUCAGGAGCUUCAGUUAAUGUUCACAUCAACCAUCAGAAUGGGGAAAAAAUGUGAUCUCAGUGAUUUGGAGUGUGGCAUGAUUGUUGGUGCCAGAUGGGCUGGUUUGAGUAUUUCUGUAACUGCUGAGCUCCUGGGACUUAUAACGAAAAGUCUCCAUUGCCACGAUUAACAGCAGGGAUGCUCAUAGUUCUAUAUAAUGAGAUCUACUUUCUCAUCAUGUUAUUGCAGCAAGAUCUACCAAAAUACAAAAUAAGACAAUUUAGUGCUUUUUUAAAUAGCUUUACAAGUUUUUAACAGCAGUAGGCUAUUAAGUAUUCAAGUAAACAUUCAGGAUGAAAUGCAACAUAAAACUACUACUGGUCUUUACUGUAUGAUUAUAAUACAUUCAUAAUUUUUAGAGCUACUAAAGUUAUCCAGUCAAGAUCAGUGAGUUUUUUCUUGAUUUCUUGUUAUGUGUUAUGUAUGUAUUGAUUAUUAUAAUGAAACACUACACUAGACAGCAGCAGAUCUGUUAGCUUACAUUUAUACUUACAAGUCUGACAUUUGAAUACAAAUCUGCUUUUUUCUCCACGGUUUACGUUCACUUUAGACAUCUCUUUGUGUUUACAUGAAUACCUCACUAAGACGGGCAUUUUGGCAGAAUUUUUAAAUGUAUUUGACCGUUCAGGUGCGCAUUAACACAAGCAUUUUCGGAACACAUGCGCAUGUUCAGCACACACACGUACACCACCUGUCAAUCAAACAGGGCGCCGCUGUUACUAGAUCACUAGCGAGUUAUAUUUUACAUGCUCUGGAUUACUUUCAACAACAGAAUAAGAAUAUGAACUUUCUAAUAAGUGACACAGGCCUAGUCUAUCACAAAUAUAGCUGAUUAUUUUUUUGUUAUUGACGUUUUAAUCAGUCUGCUUGUCUGGUCGGGCAAGUAAAAUUCUCUUUUCACUUGCCCCUUCAAAAAUCCACUUGUCCCGGACAAGCGUUAAUGUCGAGCCCUGCUGAUUGGUGUUAUAUAUAUAUAUAUAUACACACACAAAUACAAACAGUAUGAUUUUGCAGUGAAAUAUGAGCAGGACAUGUGUGAUUCAUCCUGAUGUUCGUACAACUGUAACUCAUUAAGUGAUGCAUGGUUUAAUGGUAAUAUUUAUAAUUUUUUUAAUACAGUUUUCCCCGCAAAAUGGAUAGCUAUUUAUUUUUAUAUCACAAAGUAAUGCUUUUGUGAAAGAAUUUAAAACUCAAACUGAUCCAGACGCACAGUAUGAAGUAUGCAAUAAUGUGACUUAUUAGUAACUUUUCCUGUUUAUGUUUGAUUAGUUCAGUAAUUGAUGAAGGAACUUUGAUCACACAGAAACCUUAAGAAGGGAGAACAGUGUAUUUUGUAUAAAGAGUAUUAAUGCAAAUCUGUGAUGUGUAUACAGAUCAACUGAAUGAAUGAUACAAAUAUGGAUGCAAAUGUUAUUUGUUUUUUUUUGUCCAAAUGAAGACAAUAGCAAAGUAAUCUGUGUUUGGGUUUUUAUUCUGAAAUGUUGUUUAUUUAAAAAAGAAUCACCAGAAUAUUUUGCACAAAAGAUUUAAUGAGAAGAAAAAUGGCUAUGAAAAACACAAAAACCUGUUCAAAAUUUCAUUUUUUACAAUUUUGCCUGUUAGUAAAAAAGUUAUAAAAUUGUCUUGAUUUAUUGUUGUCAAUAACUUUUCAGGACUUAUUGAUCAAAUAAUGCAUUUUUGGCCAUGAAUAAAACACAUAU